AUGUAUGUGAAGAUCGAGACCUCAAGACUAGAUUAUUUUAGAGGCAAGCAACAACAUAUUCGAUCAGAGUUGUAUCAUGGUAUUGUUGAUACAAUUACGCUUGGGGAAACAAAUCCUUCUAAUGUUGGGAAACAAAUUAUACUCCCAUCUUCUUUUAUUGGAGGUCCAAGAGACAUGAGAAAAAGAUAUAUGGAAGCAAUGGCUUUAGUUCAACGUUACGACAAGCUUGACAUUUUCUUAACGAUGACAUGCAAUCCAAAUUGGCCAGAAAUUACAAAUGAACUAAGUCCACACGAGGAGAGUCAAAAUCGACCUGAUUUGGUUGCUCGAGUCUUUCAUGCGAAAUUGGAAGAAUUAAAGGACCAGUUAUUCAAAAGGCAAAUAUUCAUAAAAGUGUCAGCAUAUGUCUAUGUUAUUGAGCACCAAAAAAUGGGUCUUUCGCAUGCCCACUUUUUAAUUAUCUUACAAAAUGAGUGGAAACUUCAUGCACCAGAAUCUUUUGAUGAGAUCAUAUCAGCAGAGAUACCUGAUAAAAAUGCAAACAUCCACCUCCAUAACGUUGUUGUGAAGCACAUGAUGCAUGGACCAUGUGGAGUAUUGAAUCCAUCAAAUGUUUGCAUGAAAAGAAAUCGUGGAUGCAAAAGUAAUUAUCCAAAGAAUUAUGCAUCUGCGACAACUGUUGGAAACGAUUGCUUCCCAAUAUAUAGGCGCUCAAACAAUGGAAUGAUUGUGAAGGUCUGA